AUGGUUCUUCGAAUUCUUCUCACCCUUCUCAUCCUAACCUACUCACCUGGAUCACUGUCGAUCCCACAAUGCUCCAAAAUCGCAAAGGAUACUGUACGAUGUGAUUCUCUGAAAUCGUUCAAUGGCUCUUCAAAAGCUCUAAUCAUCAGUGACUGUGAGAAUUUGAGUCGUUUAGACGAGAUAGUUGAGUUCGGACCCUGGCACACUGUAACUAAUGUCACCUUUGAUUGCCCAAUCGACAACUUCCCUUGGGAGUUUGCCGAUAUGUUUCCCCAUAUUCGUUACAUCCAUUUCACACGAUGUAAUCUGACUACGCUCGCCUGGCAAAGUGUCUACACAGAAACUCUCAAAUACGUGGACCUGACUCAUUGCCCCAUCGAGUGCUCGUGUCAGAAUCAAUGGAUGAGGACGGAAAUCUUUGAAAAGCUAAAAGAGCCACUUUCGUUGAGGAAGUGUCUUCCGGAUUGCGACACGGGACGGAUAAGCAUUAAUGAUUCCAUGAUCGUGGGCAACGGCGGAGAGAAUGUCACAAUCCGUGUGGAUUUGAAGGAUCAGUAUAUAAAUAGAACCAUUGAAAAACCCUAUUUUGAAUGGGCGUACGCGAAAAUCCGUCACAACUACGAAGAGGUGAUUUCCGAAUCGAGAGCAGACUUGGUUAUCACCAACUUGACGAGAGAGGACAUGGGCUUGAUUGGAGUAAAAUGUUGGCAUUGUGUCAAUUUCUUGACGACUAAAGUUGAGCUUCGUGUGAACUUGCCCAUUAAAGUGGAGUUUGUCGAGAAGACGCGAGGCGACACGGAUUUCUUGGUGGUUCAGGGAUAUCCAAUUGAGAAUAUCACGUUGGCAGUGACCAGGGUUCAAAGUAACUACACUGAAAUGAAUGUGAUGGAUAAUGAGCAGGAUGAAGUCUUCUUCUCCAGUAUGAUUGUUAGACCUGAAAAGCGCUCGAUAUUCUACCAAAGAACAUAUCGAAUCUUCACAAAGGACAUUGCAGACGGUGACCAUUUGUCUGGCGAUCUUCGUUUCGAAGUUUGCACUAUGGGAAACUGUGACGCUGUUGAAAAGCACGUCUCUCAUUUAGGCGUAAUUAAUGGAACACUGGACGACUAUUUCGCAACUGCAUCCCCUUACAAACGACCAAUUCAAAUUCUGGUUACAUUCAUCGUGAUAAUUGGAUUUAUUAUCACUAUCAUCCUUUGCACUCACUACAGAAUGGAAGUACGGACCACGAUUAUAAGUCUCCGGAAGCGAAUGUCACUUGCUCACGACCUUCACUCUCGACGUGCCAGUCAUGAAACAGAGGAAACACUGUUGAGAUUAGAAGAGAGAUCUUCAUUGGCUUCCGAUUACUGCAAUAUGACACUCAUGUUCAUUGAUAUGGGAAAAAUUCAGAUUCAUGAACUUGUUGGAAAAGGGCAUUUCGGAGAAGUGUAUGUGGGAUCAUGGGAACAAACCGGACCAAGAAGUGUUGCAGUGAAGAGCAUUAGAGGCAUUGAUAUGGAAACUGAGAAAGAGGCUCGAGUCCUCCAAAAUCUGGAACAUGAGAACAUUGUGAGAUUAUACGGAAUGACAAUGGAUCGAAAUAAUUUGCUCCUUGUUUUUGAGCAUAUGAACUACGGAGAUCUCAAAACGUAUCUGCAAGGAAGGUCUCCAAAAGCUACGAGCUACUUGCAGUUCCCACCACCGCUGGUCACCGAUGAGUUGAAAUGGAUUAUCAGAGAGAUUGCGAAAGGAGUUUGCUAUUUGGUCAGCCAAUCAAUUGUUCACAGAGAUUUGGCAGCCAGAAACUGUUUGGUAUCAGGAGAAUCGGAUAUGAAAGCACCCAGUCAUUUGCAAAGACCACCAUUCAAAAUCAAGGUUUGUCUGAAACACGUAUAUGAUCCUUCUGAAAAAAUGAACAUUGUUCAGAUCUCGGAUUUCGGAAUGUCUCGCCGCCUCUAUGAUGAUUCGGAAUGCUACACCAUGGAACAUCGUGGCGCUCUUCCAAUCCGUUGGUUGCCCCCUGAAGCCAUCUCAUCGCACAAGUUCACGUAUGCAAGUGAUAUUUGGGCUCUUGGUGUAACAAUGUGGGAAGUUAUGUCGUACGGAAAACAACCAUUUGAUGGGCUAAGCAAUCUGGAGGUGUCAUCCUUCACCAUGGCAGGAAUGAAACCAUUGAGACCGGAGAAAUGCUCCAGCGAGAUGUACCAACUGAUGACCAGAUGCUGGAAGUAUGAUCCGAAUGAACGCAUCACAGCUGAGGAACUUUUUCUCGAUGAGAUUUUCGACAAAGUUAAAGAUGGUCUCCCAUACAUACCAACUGCUGAAAACGGGAGCAUGGUUGCUUCAUACAAUGAGAAUGUCAAUCGGUACGAGGAUGAGAGCAUCUCUCGAGAAGCGGAUACCGAGAGUGAGGAGGAUCUAGGAAGAUUCAAUAUCGCGUUCCCUGGGGACCCACUACAGAGCGAUGUGGAUACACACCUAUCUGUUUUUGCCUAA